ACACACACACACACACACACACACACAUACACACACAUACACACACACACACACACACACACAAACACACACACACAGACACACUCUGUGGCCUGCCAGGUGAGUAAACAGUGAGCUGCUGUACUUUGGAGUGGUGGCUCAGUCUUUCCAGCACCAAGUUCAGGCUUUGGCUCUACUGCCAAAAGCAGACAGAAAAAUACUACCAACGACAAGAUGGCUAGAGGUUAUUCAUUGGCCCUGAUUGCUGGUUUACUGCUGGAGGUGUAUGGACUGACAGCUGAAAUCACAGAGGAGAACACAGGAGCUGUGUUUGUGUCUCAGCGAGCGGCACACGCCAUGCUGCAUCGCCAGCGCAGGUACAACAGUGGCAAACUCGAGGAAGUGCUUCACAAAGACAAUCUGGAACGGGAGUGUAUUGAGGAAAUCUGCUCAUUCGAGGAGGCCAGGGAGGUGUUUGAGAACGAUGAGAAAACUAUGGAUUUCUGGGCCCGCUACAUCGAUGGCGACCAGUGUAAGCCACCCCCCUGCCAGAAUGGAGGUGAGUGUGAAGAUGGAAUCGGCACUUAUGUUUGCUGGUGCAAACCAAACUUCAGUGGCAAGAACUGUGAGAUUGAGGUGACCAAGCUGUGUUCGCACAACAAUGGUGGAUGCUCUCAUUUCUGUAUGAUGCAGGUGGAGCGACCUGUGUGCCAGUGUGCGGCUGGCUACAGGCUUGGGGCAGACAAGAAGAGCUGCGAACCAACAACACCAUUCAGCUGCGGUCAGGUGACCCUCAGUUCCUCAUCCAUGACCAGGUCCAUCCUGCACCUGCGGUCAUCAAACACGACAGAAGGCUCUGAAAGAAGCUUCAAUUUCACCGGCGCUCUGUGGGAUGACUACUAUGAUUACAAUAUAACACAGAUGAUUGACGAUUACGUCGACCUCCCUGCGAAUGAUUUGGACCCAUUCAACAUCUCGGCGGCCUCUGCAGUAGACAUACGCUCAAUGAAGUCGGAUUCAAGCUCCUCUAUAAAUCCAGCCGAGGAUGCCCUGAGCAGCCCCGAGGCGAGCAGUGUCACUGAAACGCCCACGGAGAAAAAGCAGGUGCUCUCCUGGGGUUUACCCACACUCCCCACCAUCACAGCGGAAGAAAACACUGACCAGAGGAUUGUGGGAGGCAAUGAAGCCAAGCCUGGAGAGAUACCUUGGCAGGUGACCCUGAUGUCUCACUCAGAAUCGCUUGGGAGAGCAGAGUCCUUUUGUGGAGGAUCUCUGCUCAGUGAAUUAUGGGUCAUCACUGCUGCCCACUGUCUGGUGCAGGCUAAUGGCUUAAGAGAAGGUUUCUUCAUCAGAAUCGGUGAACACGAUUUGAAUAAGGAGGAUGGUCCAGAGCGAGACCAUAUGGUGGCAGAGCGGCAUAUCCACCCCAAGUAUAAUUAUCAGAAGUCACAGUAUAACCAUGAUAUUGCACUGCUGAAGCUCACCACUCCAGUGGAGCUGUCCAACCAACGGCGUCCCAUCUGCCUGGGCCCCAAACACUUUACAGAGAACAUACUGAGGGAGUCCAGCGGCCUGGUGAGCGGCUGGGGACACAUCAAGUUCCAGGGCCUCGGGGCCACCAAGCUUCAGAAGCUGGAAGUCCCGUACGUGGAUCGCACCAAGUGUGGGCAGAGCAGCCGGGACCACAUCACACCCUUCAUGUUCUGCGCUGGCUUCUCAGAUUUAAAGAAGGAUUCCUGUCAGGGGGACAGCGGGGGUCCGCAUGCCACCAAUUACAAAGGCAUUUGGUUCCUGACAGGUAUUGUCAGCUGGGGGGAGGAGUGCGCCAAGGAGGGGAAGUAUGGCAUCUACACUCGAGUCUCGCGGUACUACCCAUGGAUCAGUCAGACAACAGGGAUUCAAAUUAGACGCUAACAAAUAGUCACACAAAGAACACAGCUGUCCGACAAGAAAACAACUGACCUUUUUCUGAGAAAGUGAAAGUUUUUCUUCUACUGAGACGAAGUGUUAUGGUUAAUUUGGACUUUUCAACUUUCCAAUAAAAUAUAAUGAAAAUA